UUCGCUACUGAAAGCCACAAACCGACCAACCAAAACUACGCAAAACCACAACCCAGUCUCAGUCUCAGCUCCAUAACCCCACUCGUACAAAAACGCUCUCCUCAUUUCUCACUAUCAGGUGACACAGACUCCAUCCAUCAAAGAAGCCAAAUGGAGUCGAUCGGUGUUCUCAUGACCUGCCCGCCUACCUAUCCUUACCUCGUCGAAGAACUCGAGAAGCGCUUCACCCUCCUCAAACUCCAAAACGCCCCAGACAAGACCCAAUUCAUCAAUUCCCAUAAGAAUUCGAUCCGCGCCAUCGUGGGUAACGCCGGAUUCGGUGCCGAUGCCGAACUGAUCGACCAAUUGCCGAAGCUGGAGAUUGUGUCCAGUUACAGUGUGGGGCUCGACAAAGUCGAUUUACCCAAAUGUAGGGAGAAAGGGAUAAGGGUCACAAAUACACCUGAUGUUCUUACUGAUGACGUCGCCGAUUUGGCUAUAGGGUUGAUGUUGGCUGUGUUAAGGAGGUUGUGUGAGAGUGACCGGUAUGUCAGGAGCGGGAAGUGGAGAAAGGGUGAUUAUAAGUUGACUACUAAGUUCACUGGGAAGUCAGUUGGCAUAAUUGGGUUGGGUAGGAUUGGCAUGGCAAUUGCCAAGAGAGCUGAAGCAUUUAGCUGUCCAAUUAGUUACUUUGCUAGAACAGAGAAGCGAGAUGUAAAAUACAAGUACUAUCCAAGUGUUGUUGAGUUGGCUGCCAACUGCCAAAUCCUUGUUGUUGCGUGUGCACUAACUGAGGAAACCCGCCACAUUGUCAACCGUGAAGUCAUCAAUGCAUUAGGUAAAAAGGGUGUCCUCAUCAACAUUGGUAGAGGUCCUCAUGUUGAUGAACCUGAGCUGGUGUCUGCACUACUUGAAGGCAGGCUUGGUGGUGCUGGACUUGAUGUGUUCGAGGAUGAGCCAAAUGUUCCCGAGCAGCUAUUUGGGCUGGAGAAUGUAGUCCUGUUGCCUCAUGUAGGAAGUGGCACAGAGGAAACGAGGAAAGAAAUGGCUGAUAUUGUUGUUGGCAACUUGGAAGCACACUUUUUGAACAAACCUUUGUUAACACCAGUGGUUUGAUUUUGACAUAAAAAAUUUGUGAAUACAAGAUUGACUGGAGCCUUCAUUAUGCUUUUGUGACGUGCAGUUAAUCUAGCUAGCAUUAUUUCCUGUUUUGGCCAAGUACGGUAUGCCUUAAUGGAAGAAAAAUAUUCUCAGAGAUUCUGAAUUGUAUGUUGAAGAUUAUCUUCUUGCUGCUUAAAUACAUUGUUGUUUGCAUCUUUUUUUCUGUA